CUUGUCUUGUGCUUGCCACCUGGUCACACUGUUACCCACUCAUUCACUGCAGGCUGCAAAAAUUAUAGAACAAAUUAAAAACGCAAUAAUAGAAUCACCGCAGCGAAUUCGACGCAAUCACGGAGUCCAGUGCUCCGUAACCCAAACGAAAGCAAUUAACCGUGUUCAACGUAGAGAAUAGUCCAUGAAAGUGGGUGUAUCCGUUGGCAAAAAGCAAGAUACCCCUUUGUGUUUGUUUUUUGUUCGUUAUAAUUUUGUUUGUCGCUCGGUUUGGAUUGCGAUUUAAUGGUAAGGGAGGGGACUCGCCGCAGGGGUGCUCCCAAGUGAUUUUCCAUAGCCAGCGCCGCCGAGUGGACGGGAAAUGCCAAUCGGCAUGACGAACAUGUCGCCAGCAGCGUCAUCACUGGUUUUCCUCGCUCUUCUGCAGACAGUUACCUGCUACACCGUCAUCAUCACUGCUCCCGAACAGGCCCUCAUCGGAUCCACCAUCAAUGUGUCCGCCCAGCUCUUCGAUGGCGACAAACCGGCUGACGGAGGCAGGCCCUACAGGUUCACAUGGUCCGACAGUGCUGGCCAUCGAAAGGUGAUUGAAACGAACAGCGUUAGCAGCAAUUGGUCUGUGGUCUUCACGCAAGAACAACCGGCGACGCAUGUCAUCAAGGUGGAAGUGGAGAAGUUCGUCACAUUUUUUUGGGUGACGGAGGCUAAGGCCUCGAGGGGAAUCAAGCUGGACAGCUUGCUCGGCGGCAGCCUGGAGCUGAUUCAGAACAAUGUGAUGCGACCCCAUGAGUUUGUGUCCACCCAGGAGGCGGUGAAUCACAGCGUAUCACUUUCCGAUGCGGACCUACUUUUUCUGCAGUCGAAGGGUUAUCGCAUUCUGACGUAUUGGUUUCAGAACUGCACAUAUCUCGGCAUGUCCAGUGCGUUGGACUAUGUGGCCACAUAUCCGAAAGCUGAGCAAUAUUAUGACAUGGAGGCGUUAGUGGUGGCUUCACUGGAACUUCCGCCGGAGCCGACGCCCUCAACUACGACGACCACCACCACAACAACCACAACUACCACUACCACCACCACUACAACUCCAGCAACAACAACCACUUCAACAACACCUGCCACAACGACCACUCCAAAAACCACAACAUCAUCCACAAGUACAACGACCACAACGACUCCAAAGCCGCCGGCACGAUCCAAACGUGACUUAAUCCAGGCCAUGCAUGCCAACGCUGCUCUUCUAGGCUUGAACUUAACCAGUGCGCUAAACCAGCAAAAGUCAUCCGCUGGGAAUGUGUCCGUGGCUUUGGUCAAUCCGCUGGGAGUGCGAAGGGUGUCCAAGCUCACACUGGUGCCCGGUCUGCAGCCGCCUUUCGAUUGCGUGAGCAAAAAGUUCGUCGCCCAGGACCCCAAGCAGAUAUACGGCUACUACCAGCAUCGCGUUGUAUCCAAGGAUCCUAUAACCGGUUUCGGCACCACGGGCAAGAAUUGGUUGCAACACUGGGAGGUGCUUAAACUCAAUGUCAACUGCAAAGGAUCGCCGCCGUUUGAGCUUUGCACUCGAGUCUUCACUGCUCCUUACAACUCCACGGGCAAUGAGACCUGCGAUCAGUAUGAGCCGAUAGAGACGUGCUCGUAUGAGUAUAUGCGUUACUUCAGUGAAAGCAAGACCAUUCUGUUCUUCAUACGCAACGAGGUCUCCCAAACACUUAAUCAGGUCACCAUAAACAUGUAUGAAGCUCAGCGUCAAUCUCAGCUUUCGGUUGUAGUUGUGCCCGUAAGCUGCACUUUGGUGGCGGUGAUUCUUGUUGUUUUCGGCGUGGCCUACUAUAUUCAACGGGGAAAUCGCUUCAAUGUUGAAGUGGCCGAUUUCAACUUCGGCGACACACAAUCGGUGGACAUGGAGUACAAGACAUUCCCGCAGCGCCUAAUCGAUAGCAUCCGCGAUGCGUGCACGUGGCCGGGUCAGCGGCGUCACUCGCAGUCCAGCGUAGAUCUCAUGGCGGACCAGGACCAGCCGCCCAGUCCGAGCUUUGCAGGCAAUGUGGGCGAUGUAGACAGCAACCUGCGCUACAACACUUUCAACUAGGUUCUCGAGGGAUUCGGUUCGAAAGCGGUUACCUAUGCAAAAUAUUCAUAUAAUUUUAGUUCCGCCGCUUAAGUUUGAAGACCUGCUCCCAUUUCCAUGCAAUUGUAUAGUCUUGAGCCCAAAUUUCGGUUUGAGAUCCAUGGGGGGAUCAGGUGUGAUAGUUAUUUGUUAUUAUUUGUAUGCGCACUCUUCGUGCUUUAGUCAUUUUCUUGUUGUACACCAGCAUAUUGGGGACGCACUGCUCCCCACAUGUACAUGUAUAGAGAUGAUAGAAUCUUUUUUACGUUUCCAAAUACUUAUCGUCCCCUACGUUACCAUUGUAAUCAUCUCCUUUGAACAUUACGCACACACUUGCUCAUCGAUGGCCAAAAUGUGGAGUAACAAGCAUCCAUUGGACCGCAAUCAGUUCCAGGAUUUGGGAACGCAACUGCAGAUCCCUUUGGAUAUUGAUAAAGACUGUCUUUGUUCUAAAAGCAAAAGUAAAUCUGGUUAAAAAUGUACACCUAACUUAUGCAUGGCGACUUGCUCGUCGUGAGGAGUUACAUAGAUGCUAGCAUAAGUCAAUUGGAUUGUAUCCCUUGUAUCGUGAUCGAAUUCUCUGACAAAGACAAGCCCAUCACACACUUAACACGCGCGACACAAAUAUUCAUUGUGAUAGAAAUAGAACAAACAGUAUGUACGUUUACUAAAACGAAAAGUUUGAAGAAAACCCGUAUACUUAUAAAGCUAC